CAGCUGAGGCAGGACUCAAGUCACUUCAACACACAGCAGUAUGGAUCCAGACUCAUUUACUUCAAUGACACGAGCAGGACCGCGACACAAGAGCUUCACUAACAGCAUUUGAGAUGAAAUAAUGACACAGACUAACUUAACGGACAGAAGAUUUUAAACAUAGGCGCGUGACGUGUGGAAGAAUAGCCAGAGAUCACAGACUUUUACGAGACAUAAGGAUGUUCGUCUUCACGCUCUACCUGUUCCUCUGGUCCUGGCUGUCAUCCACUCACACUCUGGAGUUUCGCUAUCAUAACUCUGUGGAAGUAGAGCAGUAUCUGAAAGACAUCAACAGGAUGCAUCCAAACAUCACAUAUCUACACAGUAUUGGCCAGUCUGUCCAAGGAAGAGAACUGUGGGUCUUGAUACUGGGUCAACAUCCCAGAGAACACCGAACGGGCAUCCCAGAAUUCAAAUAUGUGGGCAACAUGCACGGCAACGAGGUUGUGGGACGUGUGUUACUACUGCAGUUGAUCAAUUAUCUGACCAGUCGUUACCUGAGCGACCCGUGGGUGACCCGUCUGUUGAACAGCAGUCGCGUGCAUAUCCUGCCAUCAAUGAACCCAGACGGCUUUGAGUCCUCUGCUCGAGACUGCAUGUACACAAUUGGCCGGUAUAAUAAGAAUGGAGUGGACCUGAACCGAAACUUUCCAGAUGCGUUUCAGGCGAAUUCAGAGCGGAAACGGGAGAAGGAGGUGAGGGCAGUGAUGGACUGGCUUAACACGGAAACAUUUGUCCUCUCAGCCAAUCUACACGGAGGGGCGGUGGUCGCUAGCUAUCCCUAUGAUAACAGCAAUGGGGGAAGUGAGUUACAGGGUGGCAAGAGCGUGGCCCCUGACAACGACGUGUUUGUCCACCUGGCAAAGACCUACUCCUCCAGUCACACAGAGAUGCUUAAAGGAGACAGCUGUUAUGAUUCAAAGGACUUCACUGAUGGCAUCACUAAUGGAUAUUACUGGUAUCCUCUACCAGGGGGAAUGCAGGACUAUAACUAUGUGUGGGCACAAUGUUUAGAACUGACACUGGAAAUCUCUUGCUGCAAGUUUCCUCAAGAGAAAGACCUUCCUGGUCUAUGGCAAGUCAACAAACCUGCACUACUGGCUUACAUGCAGCAAGUACACCUAGGUGUAAAAGGUGUAGUGAUGGACUUUAAUGGAAACCCGGUUCAAAAUGCCGUAGUUGAGGUGGAGGGGAGGAGAAAUCUUUGUCCGUUCAGGACUGAUCGUAACGGGGAAUACUACAGGUUACUUUUGCCCAACAACUACACUAUCACGGUGACAUACCCAGGACACAAGACCAUCACACAAACCAUCUCUGUGCCGUAUGGUCCAGACACAUUCACCGCUCUCACCCACAACUUCUUCCUUCAAAAGAGUGACUACAGCACAGCAGCAACACAACCGCCCCAGUGCUGCACCACCCCAAAUCAGAAAAACCUAGAGAACAACAGCGCCGCCCUGCUGUCCAGCACCCUCACUGCACUCACUGCCUUUACCCUCCAGAGACUGCUGCUGUGCUGAGAACAAAGACUAUCUCAAAUCUACAUCAAGCUCCUCUUUGCUUAACUUGCACAAUCAAACUUUUUUUUUUUUGUGCAAUAUAUUGAGGCCAUAUCUACCAUCGUCAAACCUUUUUACUUGAGAAAGAAAACAGAUUCAAAUAAACAAUAGCUCAGAGUAACACUAUUAUUAUACUGUUGGUAGAAAGUUCAGUUUUCCAGUGAUAUUAGAAGUUAAUGUUGUAAAGUGAGAAAUGAAAAAAACGUGCCUGUAUAUCUGUUGUCAAUAGUGGAGGGCUGAUGCUACAGUAGUGGCUUAUGAAGAUUAUAUAUGUUGAAGGCAAUGCAUGUACAUGUAUGUUAUAUAAAUAUGGAUAUUUGUAUACAAAUCUAUAACAUAUGUACCCAUUUCUUCAACUGCGCAAACAUACUACUCUCGAUUGUUUUUUUUGUUUUACAUUUUGAAGAUGAUGCAGAUAGUUUGUCUAGCAAAUGACCUUAGUAACAUACAUUUUAUGUUUAUUGUCUUAUAUAUUAAUAGUGUCUUUUUGCAGAUGUAUAAUUGUAAAUGGUAAAAAUGAAGAGUGAAACAAAGCCAAAAAUUGGUGCCAUUUCUACCUCGCUCUAUCAAUCUCAGAUUAAAAAGACUGGCAGUGCCUUAAAUAAACCAUUCAGAAAC